CGACCAGUACUGUUCGGUCUCCGGUCCGGCUCCGGUCCUUUCCGAUGGGCGGCCGGUAAUUGCCAGAUUCUCAUUUGUCCACUCGUUCAUCUCGUCCGUCAAUGUCGUUUGCAGCGGCGGCGCGUCUUUCUCGAGCUGCCCCUCGUCGGGCUGCUCUGUCACAAACCAGAGCAUAUUCUGAUUCUCAUUCCCACGAACAUCAUGAAGAGGACACCACCGUGUAUCCCAAGGAAGGAUUCGGUGCAGGAUGGAGAAAUGCUGCCCUUGCUGCUGUCGCUGUUGCUGUUGCCUACAAAUUUGCACCAUCUCCGGGCGAAGAUGCAUUGCUUACUCGUUGGAUGGCGGAACGACAGGCCCCCGUUAGACAGGACUUUGAGAGAAAUCUCAAUCACACAUUCCUGACGCAAGAACAGUCGAACGAAAGGCUGUUUUUUGCUGAAGCAAAGCGUCCUAUCAUCCUACCGGUAUCGAUUCCCUCAAUGGAGAUGCUUGACAAUGGUUCACCCUUCAAUGUUCCAGUAGGGCUGACCAGAGACUUGAGUGAUGUCAAGGUGAAGCACAAUUAGCGAGAGAGGCCGUAGACUAGAGAAUUAGUACUGGACCUGUUAUCACUUUUUUGUAUUAAUGAUGUCACGUGCCCGGUUGGCAGGUUGAAAAAUAACUCUGAGU